CUUCUACACUGAAAGAAUUUUAGCCAAAGUUGACCCGCUGCCAUUAUCAAAGCAAACUUAAGGCACAUAUUAUAAUGCGUGGGAGCAGGAUAUGUUAAUAUAUUAUGUUACAAUCUGCGUACAAAGUGAGCACGAGACAGGUAGAGUGACUGGCAGCUGGGGACAAAAGCGGCUUCACCUGCCAGGUGAGGCGGAGGAGAGACAGUCAGGGGAGCAGAGGGGCAGGGAGAGAAAAGAAGCGGGGCGAGAAAAGUCGACUUACCUGUAGACCAACUUCUGGCAGCUCGCUCACUCUAUUACCUGCUCCGACUUGAAAGUCCAGUUUCACAAGGAAGAACCGGAGAGGAAGCAAAAUAUGUCACAGGAGACAGACAAUAAGCGUCUGGUGGUGGUGGUUCCAAACGAGAGCUCAUUCCCAGCUGUGCGGCGAGCGUACACCAGCGAGGACGAGGCAUGGAGGUCGUACCUGGAGAACCCGCUCACAGCCGCCACCAAGGCCAUGAUGAGCAUCAAUGGGGACGAGGACAGCGCCAACGCCCUCGGCCUACUCUACGACUACUACAAGGUGCCAAAAGAGAAAAGACUUAUUCCAGUUCCCAAAGUGCCUGAGAUGAUCGAGGAGCAGGAGAAGAGGACUACUUUGCAGAGCAAUCACAGCGGCCAAAGCGAGACGGAGAUGUUAGACAACCGUGUUCAAGUCCUCAAAUCUGUCCCAGUCAAUCUUUCACUGAACACAGAGCACCAGGAGACCAAACGAGAGCAAUACAGCAGCUCAACAGGGGCGGCUGGAGCUGGGGCACCGUCUGGAGAUGGAGGCCCACAAGCUGUUGCUGUGGUGAAGGCAGAGAUGUACGCGCCUGUCUUCAUGACGGGAGGCGGGCUUCACUACAGGGUGGAGGGAGAGGAGUCGGCGAGGGUGAUCUACGAGCAGAGUCCGUAUGAGGUGACCACGCUCAGCCACAACUCGUACGUGAAGGAGGACCAGCAGAGUCCACCUGACAGCCCGUACGAGGAGGAGAGAGACACGCGUUCACAUCUGGCUGCAGAUGACUUCUUAUUUCACCAGGAGGGAGUUGACAGCUUCCAGUACACGCUGGACGCCACUCGCUCCCUGCGUCAGAAGCAGGGCGAGGGACCGAUGACCUACCUGAACAAAGGCCAGUUCUACGCGGUGACGCUCAACGAGCUCAGCACCAACAAACGCCUCCGUCACCCAAUCAGCAAAGUCCGGAGUGUGAUCAUGGUGGUGUUCAGCGAAGACAAGAACAGAGACGAGCAGCUCAAAUACUGGAAGUACUGGCACUCUCGACAGCACACGGCCAAGCAGAGAGUCCUGGACAUCGCUGAUUACAAGGAGAGCUUCAACACGAUCGGCAACAUUGAAGAAAUCGCCUACAACGCCAUCUCCUUCACCUGGGACGUGAAUGAAGAGGCCAAGAUCUUCAUCACAGUGAACUGUCUGAGCACAGACUUCUCCUCUCAGAAAGGGGUGAAGGGUCUUCCUCUGAUGAUCCAGAUCGACACAUACAGCUACAACAACCGCAGCAACAAACCGCUGCACAGAGCCUACUCACAGAUCAAGGUCUUCUGUGACAAGGGAGCAGAGAGGAAAAUAAGGGAUGAGGAAAGAAAACUGUUCCGCAAGAAGUCAAAAGGAAAAGACGGAGGCAUAGGUGUAAUAACUGCUCAGAAGAAGCCCGACACCACCUUUUUCAAAACCUUGACUGACCUGGAGGCUCAGCCUGUUCUCUUCAUCCCUGAUGUUCACUUUGGCAACCUGCAGAGAGCCGGACAGGUUUUCACCUUUAACACAGAGGAAAUCGAGAGAGAAGGGGGUGUGCUGGUGAAGAGGAUGUUCAGGUCGUCAGAAGAAGAUCUGUGUCCGUCACCGCACAAGCAGAUCAAAGAGGAGACACAAAAGAGAGUGCUGCUGUAUGUACGAAAGGAGACUGAAGAAGUGUUUGACGCCCUGAUGCUGAAGUCUCCCACGCUCAGAGGACUGAUGGAUGCUAUAUCGGAGAAGUACGGCUUGCCCACAGAGAGGAUAGCCAAAGUAUACAAGAAGAGUAAAAAAGGGAUCCUGGUGAACAUGGACGAUAACAUCAUCGAGCAUUACUCCAACGAAGACACCUUCAUCCUCAACAUCGAGAGCUACGCAGAAGCCUACAAGAUCACGCUGACGGAGAUCUGACGGCUCUUCAGUCGACCUGAAGGACUGCAAAGACAAAAGAGAUGCUGUGACUGCUGGUUGGCCAAAACGUACAGGCUGCUUUUGAUUGGUUCAGAAGAUGACCGACAGUAUUGAAGACAGUCUGUCGGGAGGAAGCUGCAACGCUCUGAGGUCAAUGACGGCACACACACUGUCCCCUCUCUGAGAAGAAAUUCUAAUUUUGUGGGGACAACAACACAAAUAAUGAGGACAUAGUUGAAAUUCAUAUGAACUGGUUAUAAUUACCUCUUCAUUGUACUCAUGAGGUGAAAUCAUAGAGUACAGAUCCACGUUCUCCACUUUUGAUGAAUAUUUUUGUUAUAUACAAGAAUUUGUACUUUAUAAUCCUCAGUCUGUACAGUCUCAUCUUUUGCCAAACACCACAUCAGUUUAGCCUCAUGAAAUGCCUGAUGUAUUAUAUGUAGCUUGAAUUAGUUGGUCCUAAGUGACAUAGCAGCAUCUUUCAUGCCAGUCUUAUUUUUGUUAGUUGUGUUAUUAUUUAUUAUUGUCAAUGUUUUCAAUUUCUUUAGCAAUUUAUCCAAUAUUUCAAGUACUUUUAAAUUAGUUUUGUUAGACACCCUCUUUAAGAGUACUCAAGGAGUUAUUAAGUGGCAUAUCCCUAUUUCACAGUGAUGUAAAAUUAACAUUUCAAUAUAAAGCAUAGGUGUUUAUUUUGGACCUUACAUGAGAUGAGAUGGUUUAUACUGAAACAACUUCUGAGGAGAGAAAAAUGGCACUUGGUUGUUGUGUAGCUCUCAUGUCAUUGGGCUGUGUUGAAAGAGGAAUAAAGAUUUAAACAUAAAAA